AGGCUAUAUUUGACGCCGAUGUUGGGAUAUAUAUAUCUGUACCAGAUUCCAAGGCCGUCGAAGAUCACAGACUUGGGCAGGACUUAGCAUCACAGUAACCGUUGAACUCGAAUACCCACUCCCGGAACAAGCUUGGAUUCAUCGGCAACAAAACAUGACAGUCUACGUCAUCACAGGGGCCAGGGCGGGCAUCGGGUUGGAGUAUGUUCGCCAGCUCGCUACGAGCCCAUCCAACACCGUCUUUGCUGUGAUACGAAGCCUAACAGCCGACAUCACCACACUCACGGCGCUCCAGCAAGACGGCCCCGGGAAAGUCCACAUCAUCGAGUGUGACGUAUCAUCGGAGACCUCCAUCAGCACCCUAACCUCGAAGCUCUCCUCGACCCUCGGCACAGACACCAAAAUCGACGUCCUCAUCAACAACGCCGCCAUCCUCCACUCCCGCCAGGAGACGAGCCUCACCCUGUCCAGCGACGCGCUGCUCUCGCACAUCACUACCAACGUCAUCGGCCCCGCCAAGGUCCUGCAGGCCGUGCUGCCGCUCCUCGCCGACGGCGCCGUGGUCGCCAACAUCACCUCGGGCAUCGGCAGCUUGGCCAUGCUCACGGACGGGCGCAUCAACGCUGAGAUCACGCCGUAUAGCAUCAGCAAGACGGCGCUGAAUAUGCUGACUGUCCACCAGGCUAGGCAUCUGAGGGGCAGGGCUGUGGUCGUGUGCGUCGAUCCGGGUCAUGUGAAGACCGAGAUGGGCGGACCCGAGGCUGUGGUUGAGGUUGGGGAUAGCGCUAGGGGGGUGCUGGGGACGUUGGCGUCUUUGACGAUGGCGGAUACGGGGAAGUUUCUGUUAUAUAAUGGGACUGGGCUGCCAUGGUAGCUGAUGUGGGAAGUCUGUCGAUGGAUUCGGGAUUUUUGGAGCUGUUCUAGUGCUGGGAAACUUGAUGAUUUAGUUUGAGGAACUAUAAU